GUCUGAUGUGUGGAGUAAAGUCCUCCUUGGCCUUUGUAAAGUCAUCCCCUCUUCGCUUCAGGAACUGCUCAAACCUGUGCCCCAACGAUGACGGCCCAGGAGGACUCCGAGGGCCAGACACAGCAGGCACUUCCACCAGGGAACCCCCGAUGCCCCUGCCCACAGAGCCCAAGUUUGACAUGUUGUACAAGAUCGAGGACGUGCCGUCUUGGUACCUGUGCAUCCUGCUGGGCUUCCAGCAUUACUUGACCUGCUUCAGCGGCACCAUCGCUGUGCCCUUCCUCCUGGCUGAGGCGCUGUGUGUGGGCCAGGACCAGAACAUGGUCAGUCAGCUCAUCGGCACCAUCUUCACAUGUGUGGGCAUCACCACUCUCAUACAGACCAUACUGGGCAUCCGGCUGCCACUGUUCCAGGCCAGCGCCUUUGCAUUUCUGGUUCCAGCCAAAGCCAUCCUGGCCCUGGAGAAAUGGAAAUGCCCCCCGGAAGAGGAGAUCUACGGUAACUGGAGUUUGCCCCUGAACACCUCUCAUAUCUGGCACCCACGGAUACGGGAGGUGGGUUUGCAUGUCCAGGGUGCAAUUAUGGUGUCCAGCAUGGUGGAGGUGGUGAUCGGGCUGAUGGGGCUGCCUGGGGCCCUGCUCAGCUAUAUUGGGCCUCUCACGGUCACCCCCACUGUCUCCCUCAUUGGCCUCUCCGUCUUUCAAGCUGCUGGUGACCGAGCUGGCUCCCACUGGGGCAUCUCAGCUUGCGCCAUUCUCCUGAUGGUCCUCUUCUCCCAGUACCUGCGCAACUUCACCUUCUUGUUGCCUGUCUACCGCUGGGGCAAGGGCCUCACUCUCCUCCGCAUCCAGAUCUUCAAGAUGUUUCCUAUUGUGCUGGCCAUCAUGACUGUGUGGCUGCUCUGCUAUGUCCUGACUCUGACGGAUGUGCUGCCCACAGACCCAACAGCCUAUGGCUACCAGGCACGAACCGAUGCCCGUGGGGACAUCGUGGCUAUUUCACCCUGGAUCCGCAUCCCCUACCCAUGUCAGUGGGGCCUGCCCACAGUGACUGUGGCUGCUGUCCUGGGAAUGUUCAGUGCCACACUGGCGGGCAUUAUUGAGUCAAUCGGAGAUUACUACGCUUGUGCCCGCCUGGCUGGUGCGCCACCCCCUCCAGUACAUGCUAUCAACAGGGGCAUCUUCACCGAAGGCAUCUGCUGCAUUAUCGCGGGGCUAUUGGGCACAGGAAACGGGUCCACCUCUUCCAGUCCCAACAUUGGCGUCCUGGGGAUUACCAAGGUGGGCAGCCGACGCGUGGUGCAGUACGGAGCGGGUAUCAUGCUGGUCCUGGGCACCAUCGGCAAGUUCACGGCCCUCUUCGCCUCGCUCCCUGAUCCUAUCCUGGGGGGCAUGUUCUGCACCCUCUUCGGCAUGAUUACAGCUGUGGGGCUGUCCAACCUGCAGUUCGUGGACAUGAACUCUUCCCGCAACCUGUUCGUGCUCGGAUUUUCCAUGUUCUUUGGGCUUACGUUGCCGAAUUACCUGGAGUCCAACCCUGGCGCUAUUAACACAGGCAUUCCUGAAGUGGACCAGAUUCUGACUGUGCUGCUGACCACGGAGAUGUUUGUAGGCGGGUGCCUUGCUUUCAUACUGGACAACACAGUUCCAGGGAGCCCAGAGGAACGAGGUCUGACACAGUGGAAAGCUGGAGCCCAUGCCAAGAGUGAGAUGUCUACCAGCCUCAAGAGCUAUGACUUUCCCUUUGGGAUGGGCACGAUAAGAAGGAUUGCCUUUCUGAAGUACAUUCCUAUCUGCCCAGUCUUCAAAGGAUUUUCUUUAAGGUCAGAAAAUCAGCUUCCAGUUCCAGAAGACACUCCAGAAAAUACAGAAACUGGGUCUGUGUGCACCAAGGUCUGAAAAAUUACUUCCAGAAUAUGAAGCAUGGUAUGUACCAGGAAAAGAAACGUAUAUGGGAGCCAGACAUCUAAGUCCAAAAUCUCACCUCUGUCCCUAACUUCCUGUGUAAACCCAAACAAGUCACCCUCUCUCGGAUUCCAUUUUGCAUCAGUUUAAACAAAAAAAGGGAGGAAUGGGCCAAAGUCUCUAAGAGCCUUAGAGACCUGUACCAACAUUAUUCUAGGUCUCUAAAUCCUUAAUUUCCUAAGUAGACAUGUCAGUGUAUAGGAAGAAUAGCUGGAAAUUCUCCUCUAUCACAUUUUGGAGUGCAAGUUGAUAAAGAUGAAAAGAAACCAGGACAUAUUCCAGGGGCUGAAAUGUAGGUAAACUGGCAGGCUUUUACACUGAAUUUGACCCCUACAUGUCACUUACUUCAAGACCAAUGGCACAAUAUUAAACAU